AUGAACGGUAAGGGUGCGGCCUACACGGCUAUAGCGUUAUCCAUUGGUGCCACAACGAUGAUAAUCCUUCUGGCUACCCGACUCUCCACGAAGUUUGGCGAAAUAUCCGAUGAACUCGAACGUGACAUGCGCGACUUCCGGGACAUGGAAAAGCAGACCACAUAUCACGUGCGAGUAGCUCGUUCCACACGACGCAUUCUACACCCCCAUCGUAAAGAACAUCCUCGCCGUCAUCGUGAAGCCUCGGGACAAUGCCAUUGCAACGGCGAAAACUCGUGCCCGCCUGGACCAGCUGGUAACCCCGGUCAAGCAGGAGAAGACGGAACGCCGGGACUGCCAGGUCAACGAGGAGGUCCAGGAGCUCGUGGAAACGCUCCCCCUGUCACGUUGGACUCGCGUGGGCAGUGCAGGGUGUGCCCGAAUGGUCCUCCUGGCCCACAAGGUCCACCAGGUCAACCUGGUCGGCCCGGUCCCGACGGGCCAAAUGGAGCUGGGUACGAUUCUUCACCACCCGGCCAAGCAGGGCAACCAGGGCAAGCUGGUGAGGCUGGAAGACCUGGAAGUCCUGGCAAACCAGGACCUCAAGGUGACCGUGGAGGCGACGGAACAAGAGGCGGCAAAGGACCCAAUGGCCCAGCUGGUCAACCUGGAACCCCUGGAGAACCCGGUCAAGCUGGUCAAGACGGUCCACCGGGUAGGGAUUCCAUGUCAGGAGCACCAGGUCCAAGUGGACCAGAAGGACCUCCUGGUGAACGUGGAAUGCCUGGAAUGCCUGGAUCACCAGGUCAACCCUGGAGGACCCGGUAA